UAAUAGAGUCAAAACCAACACACCUCCCUGCUUCUUUACCCCUUUUCAUGGCCUAGCUUUGAAAAUUGAAACCCUUAUUUUCUCCACCAGUCGACCGUCAUGGCUCCCGCUUUUCUCAGUAUCGUCUCCUUAUACGGAAUCUAUCUCCGCCGUUGCCUCACGGCCUCCGGCCUCACUUCAAAAUCCAUCGACAUCGACGACGACACCACCAUCCACUUAUGGUCCCCAAAACCCGACCAACAACAACAAAAACCCGCCUUGCUUUUGCUCCACGGGUUCGGUCCCAGCGCUAUCUGGCAAUGGCGUCGACAGGUCCAGUUCUGCGCCUCCUACUUCGACGUCUACGUCCCCGACUUGGUCUUCUUCGGCGGUUCCACGACGAAGUCCAACGAGAGGUCCGAGGUUUUCCAAGCUGUUUCGAUGGCUAAGUUGAUGGAGAAGCUUCGAGUGAAGAAGUAUCACGUCAUGGGGACGAGCUACGGCGGGUUCGUGGCGUACCAUAUGGCGAAACUGUGGCCGGACACGGUGGAGAAAGUGGUGAUCGCCAGCUCCGGUGUCAACAUGCGGAAGGCGGACAACACGGCGUUGCUUGAGAGAGCUAACGUGGAGAAUAUCGAAGAGAUCAUGCUGCCGGAGACGGCUACUCAGAUAAGGACUUUAAGUCGUUUGGCUGUUUCAUGGCGUUUCAACAUGGUUCCCGAUUUUUUCUGGAACGACAUCGUCAACCAAUUAUACUCAGAUAACAGACAAGAGAAGUUGGAACUUUUGAAGGGAGUCACCCUUGCGGCCGCCGACGAGUCCUUCAAGCUGACUCCACUUCAACAGAACGUGCUGAUAGUUUGGGGAGAUAAAGACCAGAUUUUUCCAUUGAAAUUGGCUCAUGAACUCAAAGAGCUCCUAGGGAAGAAGACAAGACUGGAAAUAAUAGAAAACACAGCUCAUGUGCCCCAGAUCGAGGACUCGUCACAGUUCAACAAAAUCAUCAAAAACUUCCUAUGUGGGUGAUCAUCAAGUCAACUCCCAUUAAUAUUGUAAAUUUCUAUGCGAGGUUCUGAUACUAUAAUUCAAGGAAACCUUUUUAUCUCCAGAUUCCAAGUUUGAUAAUAGCAUGCCAUUUCAAGAAUUAUUAGAUUUACUCCACGUGUUUAAGGAUUAAGUGAUUGAUUAAUCGUAGGUUGAGUAGGCUGAUUUUCUCAA